UUUGGUAAAACAUAUUGGCCGUUUUGUUCACAGCAUCAAUGGAUACGUUAUAGUGUCUAUACAAGACUAUGGAAUAAUUGUUCGAUGACAUAACAAGCCAACGAUGAUCUUACUAAGGAUAUGAUAUCACCCGUUCUAAUAAUAUGGGCUUUUCUGUCGGUUCUGGUUUCCGGUUUAACUACGUAUGCAUUCGUUCAGCCUGUGUGGCUUGUUGGUUCCAAUCUGUUGGAUACGUUUGGAAUGAUAAGUUUGUGUUUAUCAAGAACAGUAUUUCUCGGAGGAAGUUUAAAACAGGAAUGUGAGUUUUAUGGUGGAUAUUUCAAUUUGGGAAACUUGCCGUCUGGAGCAUGGCAGGCGGCGUGUGUUUUAUAUGGGGCAGGAUGUGUACUUCUUUCAUGCGGAGCAUUCCUAGCUGUUUGUACAUCGUGCAUUCCAUGUGAUGUUGUUAGGACUGUUACCGUUAUGGCAGGAUAUGUACAGUUUGUAGCAGUCUUGGUAAUGAUUGCAGGAUUAUUUAUUUACCCACUAGGAUUUGGAUCAUCGUUUAUAAGACAAUACUGUGGAUCUAAAUCCGUCAUGUACCAGGCGUACGACUGCUCAAUAGGCUGGAGUUUUGUACUAGCUGUAACAGGGACGUGCCUAGCCAUGUUUUGUCCAGUUCUGUCACGGUUUACAGACAUGAAAGGGCGAGACAUACUGCCCUAAUCGGUAUCCUCGGGAGAUAUUAUGAAGGACUAAAGCAUAAAUCAAUAGACAAACCAAAGUCAUUAAUAACUCACCUUGAAAUGGAUGUAAGCUUUUCGAAAGGGUAUACAUGUGUAUGGAAAAUUAAGAAGUCCCAAUACGUUACUGCUGAUGAGCUUAGUAGCUACAGUUUUUUAGCAUAUCAACGUUUAGUUCAAAUAGUGAGUUCAGACAUGAAAUGGUAAAACCACCUCAACCAUCUACAAUAAUAUACAUAAUGAUACUUAGAUGUAGAAACUUGAACAUGUAGAAUUAGUAGUGAGUAGUGUUCAAGCUUGAUAGAGAAUGAUUUGUUAUAUAAUGAUCU